CAAGGCGCCGUCCGUCACACAGAGAGACAGACAGACUGACAGAGAGAGGAGCAAGCAGACGAGCUGAGGCACAGGCAGGGCAGGCCCCCCCACUCCACUCAGGCAGGCGCAACUUGACUUAUCAGCAGCAUGUCCCCAGGUCGUCGUCGACCUGGGCUAGGCAGGCAGGUGUUGCAGGAUGCCAUCCCCAGCUGUCCCGCGCUAGGUCCCUGUGGCACACCGACCGACCAAGAUAAGCUGCCGUCGCAGGCGAGACGGAGACCGGCUGCUGCUCAACACACCAGACUCCCUUCCUGCAUCCCCGACACUCUGUUGCGCCCGCUGCUCCCUUUUCGAAAAGGGCCUUCUUGCUCUCUGCCAUUUCCCCUCCAGAGAGAGGAGAGGCUCGUGUGCGCUAACAGCCCCCGACCACCCUCCGCAAUCUCUGGAAUCUAUGUAGAUUGCCCCCAGCGAUCGCGCGUGGCUACCUUACCCACACCCGCCCACCCGCCGCUCACUGUCCGCCUAUACCCACAUCCAGAUCGCCGCACACGACGACCACGACCACCCGCACUUCCGACAUCACGGCCACCCGCCCGCCUGCGACCACAUGAUUGAGCUGCAAUUCUUCUCGUCUCAAUAGUGCGCACGCGUCGUAUCUGUGGCGACCAUUGGCGACUAUCCAUCUUGACGUCUCUAGCACCGACGCACACAGUCAUUGCACGCCACCAUCCGGUGGUUGGGUUUCUGACACGCCUUCAGGCCGGCUGGCUGCUUUCCUCGACAAGCAAUCACCACCUCG